AUGACCCAAAAGAUUUCCCACGGGUCCCUGCACGCUUGGGAUGGCGGAGGUACUGAUCCCAUUACAGAACGUUCUGACUGCAAAUGUUGGGGCGACUGUGACAGCGACUUUCAUGAAACCGACUCCAAGGCAAAUCAAACUUGGAAGGACACCGACCCUCUCAGUGAAGGACCCAACUGCUGGAAUCAGUGGAAUGGCAUUGAGCAUACCGGUUGUUGGAAAGACGACAAUGAAAAGCCUACAGCGGACGACGAUGGAAAGAAGUUGCAGGAAGAACUGAAAAGUCUGUGUACAAAGCUCGGGGAAUUUUGGGCCCAGAAGGGAGAGGAAGACCAAUCGUUCUCUCAGAUGGGCGCAGCCUCUACCGGUAUCAUUGAGUCGGUAGCCCCACUUAUGGAAGAGGCAAAAGGGCUCUGCCUCAUUGCUUCUGAGAUCAACUUCAAAGUGAAUUGUAUGAUGGUACAGCGCAACCAUCGAAAUUCGAUGAAGGGCCAUAUAGGGGACCUGAGUUUCCUCAUCACAUCACUCGAUAAAUCUGCCGUUCAAUUGGACACAGCCGCACGGAAGAUCACUACGGAGGUCUUGAAUGCGAACGCGGCUAUGGUCAAGAUGAAUGCUGCCUCUUUUGACUGUUCUGAGCAGUAA